UCUUUUGAGAGUAGGUGGGGCCGAGCCCCACUUGCCGCUAAUGAACAGUAGCCACUGGGCGUGAAGUGGAGAUAGGAGGACGCAGCGACGCGUCCGUUCCUCGCCUAGGAGCUCGUGGAGAAAGCAGGACGUCGCUCACGCUGGCUGAGGAGCGCGUGCAUAUGGAGACAGAGCGAUGCAGCCACCGCCGAGGAAGGUGAAGGAAAGCCAGCAGGUGAAGCAGGUGUUCUCAGAGCAACUGGGGAAACUGCACACCAAACAGCAGCUGGACACUGAACUGCUGGAAGAGAUGAGGUGUUUCGGUAAACAAAGAGCAGCUAUAGAGAAAGACUAUGGGCAGACUCUGCAACGCUUGGCUGCUCAGUACCAGAAGAGAGACUGGCAGAGAGGAAAGACUGAUGCAGUUACGUUUGGCAGUGUGUUCGGUAUUUGGCGGUCCGUUCUAGACGCCAGUGCUAAAAGUGCCGUAGCGCGAUUGGCCGCAGCAGAAGAGUACCGCUCGCUCCUAGGAGAAACGUCAAGGAACCUUCGCUGUGCAAAGGAAGUUCGAGCUAAGAGGGGCUUGGAGCUGCUCCAGAGGGUUCAAGUGGAGGUGGUGGAGGCGAUACGGGAGCUGAACCGGAUCAAGAAGAGGUACCACCAGCUGGACCACAUCGCAGACGCAGCCCGAGAAAAGGCCGCCGAGGCACAGGCCAGGGCCCGGAAGAGUGACCAUAGAAUCUUCCACUUCAGAACAGGACUACAGAAAAUGAGCGCCAAGCUCAGUUCCAGGUUAGAAGAGUGUGACGACCGUUUGCAUGAAGUUCGGAAUGAAUAUCUGCUCUCCCUGGCCGCUGUGAACGCUCACCUGCACCACUACUACACUGUUCAGCUGCCACACAUCAUGGAGCGUAUGGACGGGGACGUUUAUGACCAGCUGAGGGGCCAUUUCAACCUGCUCUGCAACACGGAGAUGAGCGUGUGCCUCGCCACACACACGGAGUACAGCCGAAUCCUGGACUCUGCCGCCAAGGUGACCAGCGAGCGCAGUGUUCAGCACAUUCUGCAGGAAGGGCUGUCCUCCGGCGCCCCCCUGCGCCUGGCCUUCCAACCGACCGUCAGCGACGUGGUGAAUGGACUCCAGGAGGUCUGUGGCUCCGGGGGGGAAAGCGGUCUGAACAAGGAAGCCAGGAAAUGGGCCAGCAAGGUGGCUAAAGACUACAAGAUCAUCAGCCAUGGAACAAGGGCCCUGCAGAGCCUAGAGAGCAGGGUGCAGCUCUUACCGAAGGAGACGGGGCUCAGUGUGGAGCAGAGGAUGCUGGAGGUGGAGGAGACUAUCAGGAAGGCCAAGGUGAGCCGGGUGAGGGCGGAGGCGCGGCUGGCUCUGCUGGAGGAGCGCGGGGUGGGGGUGGAGCAGUGGCUGGGCCCCGCCCUCAGGCAGGCCCACGAGGAGCUGGAGGGGGAGAGGACGCUCAGCGAGCAGAGGCACUCCACUGGGGGCGGCUCGGAGGAGGAGUUUGACCUGACUGACUUGGAGGACUUUGAAGAGGAAGACGGAGACAUCUUUGUGGAUCUGUCCUCUGCGUCUGUAGUCUGUCUGUACCCAGCAGCAUGCAGAGUGGUGUAUGACUACCAGGCUAGCCAGUCAGAUGAGCUGUCCAUCAUGGAAGGGGAGGAGCUCCAGGUGAUCGAAGAAGGUGACGUGGAGGACUGGCUGAAGGUGUGUAACUCGUGCGGUCAGGUGGGCUACGUCCCGGAGCGCUACGUGCAGUUCCUGUGUCUGCCAACAGAGGACUCUGUGCAGCUGGACUGUUCCUUCAGCUCCUGUUUCUCUAUCGGGAACAUCAGAAGUGGGCCUAGUUCAGGGAUGGCCAGAGCGUUGUACACCUACCAGGCCCAGAGUGCAGAGGAGCUGUCCUUCCAGGAGGGGGCGCUGAUCCGCCUGCUGCGCUGUGGACAGGGAGAGGUGGAUGAUGGCUUCUGGGAGGGGGAGCUGGGCGGCCGAGUGGGCGUGUUCCCCUCCCUGGUGGUAGAGCUGCUGUCAGAAGACGGGGGGGACGAGGACGAGGACGAGGACGAGACUCCGCCCACCCCGACCAGCUCCCCUCCGGGCCCCUCCUACUCCCCCCCUCCCCCGGUCUCUCACCCCUCUCUGGCCCCGGCCGGCCCGUACCCCCAGCCCCGGACGCACCCCCCUCUCGUCUCUACCCUGUCCAGGGGUCAGGGGGUCCGAAUACACACCCUCGAUACAGAGCCCCAACGGACUACUGAUAGCCCCGCAGAAGCAGCAGGCGGUCCCCACGCCUCUCCUGGGAGAUUCAGACCAUGUCGAGCGCCACCUCCACCUCCUACCCAGAGGGUAUCUCCACAGCCCUAACUAAAUUGAUUUAACUGCAUUCAGUCAAGACAACAGAGCAGGGGGGGCAGUCGUUCGCUGGCAGGGUCAACAUGUCUUGGGCCAGGAAUGACAUUAGGUCUGUUUGACUGAUCUGUGACAGAUCCCAGCUCGGUCAACGUCUGAAUCUGAUACAGCAGACUAUCACACAGUAUUCUAAUGCAAAUGUGUAAUAUGUUUUGGUGUGUAUAAACUUGACACUGGAUGUGCCAGGAUGACCCACAAUAAAUUUCGACAGGUGGACGAUAAGAGGCAUGUAGCCUUUCAGUUGAUCACAAACAGGGCGUCCAGUGUACAUAUAUAUCUUUUUCUAGACAAUAGAAAUUUGAAAUUGAUACCAAUAGACUAGACCAGCAACCACAAUGAAGAGAUAGCUUGCGUAAUAACUCUCCUUAUUACAUAUAUAUCUACAUUACAGUAGCCUGCGAUGCGUAGCUUGAUGAAGAGAAAUAGCGUAUAGCGUCACAUACAGUAUAUAUCAAAAUAUAUAGUAUAUAAUAGUAGGCUAUGCCAGAAAGGGUACAGAAUUUUAGUAUGUAGUAGUAUAUUGUAAAGAAUAUUGCAGCAUUGAUUUCUCAUUACUUGUGUACUCAGUUACAUGAAUACAGAAAACCCUGAUAAGAGAUGAUCUAGACCUGUGUAGAUCUCUGGAGCUAUACGCCCUAACCACAGAGGCUCUACUGAUCAUAUCCACAGAGGGUCAUCGUCAGACAAACACUGCUGCCGCCCAUCGCUAUCUAUCGGUCUGCUCUUUUGUUGCGCCAGGGCGUGGGAAGCUGACUCCAGUAGUGAGUUGAGUCUGUACCGGGUCUGUUAAGGCAGACCCAUCAGGGACACUCAACAGCUUGUUCUGUCGUAGGUGGUUACCUCUGGGAAAAGAGCAUUUUAAAGUGAACACCUGCAGCUGUGUUGGGUUCCAUCAAGUGCUAGUCCCUCGACUAUGAUUGAGUGAAGACAAUUAGCUGUUCAAACCACUAGUCGGUGCACUUUGGUUGAGGAAAGACAAUAAGCUGUUUCAAUGUGUUUCAUCAGGGGGAUUCAUCUGGAUGUCUAUGAAAUUAGUUGAAAUUAUGAAUUCUCAAGUUUGUGUUUGAGUUGUGUCUAAUUGUAGGUUGAAAGUUCUUGAUCCACUGGACAAAUGCAUUGACAUUUUAGGUAUUGUGACUGCAUUUUUCUCUAUGACCACCAAAACAUACGAACGCAUCAGCAAAAAAGGGAUGGGAUGCAAAUAUCAUGUCAACAUUCGAAUGUGAAAACGUUUUGCGAGAGUGGAAUUAUGACAUACACCCACAAUGAUUUAGUUAAAUUAGAGAUUUGAGCAGGGGUUCUCAACCAGCGGGCUGCGGAGCCACAGAGCAUUGACCACAGGGCUGCAGAGAUUAAGAAAUGACUUACACAAAAUUCAAAUGAGAGGAUUUCACACCAGUCCCAACCCCACUUCUCUAUCAUGCUUAAGUCUUCAUGCAACUAUUGUUCAAUAAAUACUUGUGGUGAUUUUUGUGUAUCAAUGGGAAUAAAUGUGGCCAUUCAAAUGCUGAA